GCGCGUCACGUGCGGAGUGACGCGAUGGACGCUCGCGCCCGUCUCCCGACCUCCAUCUCUUUCCAUAUCCGCCAUCUUGCUCACCGCGUGUUUCCUUUGGGUCCGGGCAAGCAUAAUAAGAGUAAACACUAUGAAUCAGGAAAAGUUAGCUAAACUACAGGCUCAGGUCCGGAUAGGAGGAAAGGGCACAGCUCGCAGAAAGAAGAAGGUAGUGCACAGAACAGCUACAGCUGAUGACAAGAAAUUGCAAAGCUCUCUGAAGAAACUGGCAGUUAAUAAUAUUGCUGGAAUUGAAGAGGUGAAUAUGAUUAAAGAUGAUGGUCAGGUCAUUCACUUCAAUAAUCCUAAAGUGCAGGCCUCAUUAUCUGCCAAUACCUUUGCUAUUACCGGCCAUGCUGAGACAAAACAAAUCACAGAAAUGCUUCCAGGCAUUCUCAGCCAGCUUGGAGCUGACAGUCUAACAAGCCUUAGAAAGUUAGCUGAGCAGUUGCCACGGCAAGUUUUGGAUAAUAAAACGCCCAAAGCUGAAGACAUUGAUGAAGAAGAUGACGACGUCCCAGACCUCGUUGAAAAUUUUGAUGAGGCAUCAAAGAAUGAAGCCAACUAAUGCUGCUGGCAGACCAUAGACUAGGAUAAAGACUGUACCAACAAGGAAACUUAGUCCAAAGUUUUACUAUAUUAAAGAGUGAAAAAUCACAAGUUUGCAAAUACAGUGAACUAAGGCAUUUUAUAUUUUAAUGAUGCUGAAUGUUCAGCAUCUUUCAAUUGGUUGAAAUCACUUGUUUGCAUUUUGCACUUCGAAAGAGAAUCCUUUGGUCUGAAGUUUGUAAGACAGUGAAAUUUCAUUAAAACGCAACCCGAAUAGGUUGCAAACACAGUGGUGGGCAAGCUGGCGAAGAAGUCUUAUUUAAGGUUUUCCCUCAUGACAUGCAAAUAAAAUAGAUUGAUUAA